GGAGCCAGGUCCCGAGUGCGGGCUGACCCGAGUCAGGCUGAUUUGUGUGAGGGAUUUGGCUCAAGUGUGAGUCAGCCAGGCUCGGUGUGCUGUGUAGACGCACCCUGUGUGUGCGCCAGCCACUCGAGGGGGCCAGAGAACCACCCUGGCUCAUUGUCUGGCUUAGAGGGGUUGGGGGGUGGCCUGGAGACCCCAGCCCCCAUGAGGGGGCAGCGCAGGCUGGCGGGGGAGCCCCUGGAGAUCCAGGUGCUGAGGGUGAAGGAGGAAGAGGAGGAGGAAGGAGCCGGGUGCCCGGAGUACGUCUCGGAGCUGCUGUGCCAGGAGGGGGCCGGGGGCCUCAGCACCCGCUGCCACGCCCACCCGGGGCCGCGCCUGUUCCUUGCCCCGGCAGCGCCCCCGCAGCCACGCCCCGGUGCCGGGUGGGACGCCGGCCCCCCGGCUAAGCCCUACGCCUGCUCGUUCUGCCCCAAGCGCUUCAAGCGCUCCUCGGACCGGCGGGCCCACGAGCGGGUGCACACGGGCGAGCGCCCCUACCGCUGCCGGGCGUGCGGCAAGCGCUUCACCCAGUCCUCGGUGCUGACCGGCCACCUGCGCCUCCACACGGGCGAGCGCCCCUUCCGCUGCCCCGGCUGCCCCAAGAGCUUCAGCGACGCCUCCAACUUCAAGAAGCACCAGCGCAUCCACGCCCAGCCCCCGGGCAGCGAACCCGCCUGCCCCCCUGCCUCCCCGAGCCAGUGGGACACUGGUGGGUGUGCCAAGGACCUGGCGCGAGAUGGCGACGGGGACGCCAAGGGGCUGGCGCUAACUUGGGCGUCCCUUGGGUCCUCUGCCGAGGGCCCCAGGCCUGACUUCCCGGCUAAUGGUGCCUGCCCGUCCCUGUCGGCAGUGGGGCUGGCGGACAGCCGGUGCCCUGGGGCAUGGCAGCGUCUGGCAGUGGAGCGAGAUGCAGAGCAGGGCUCCCCUGUCCCUGGCACGGGUGCCCGGCUGUCCCCCAGCGACUCGGGCUGCGGGGAAGCUGGCGACGGAGGAAGAAUGGCUGAGGAAGAGGAGGGUGGUCGUGCUCGCUGCUUCUUGCUGGAAAAGCUGGACCGGGCGCCCCAACUGUGCCCGAGCCCUGAUACCCACGAGCUGCGUGUGCCAGUCCAUGCCGCUCCCUGGUGCCCGAGCCCCGAUGCCCGUUCCCCACGCGGCAGGCCGCCCGCCCCCCCGCCCGAUGCCCGCCAAUACAUCUGCUUCGUGUGCUCCAAGCGUUUCAGGCGGGCCACGGACCUGAAGGAGCACCUGCGGGUGCACACGGGCGAGCGCCCCUUCGCCUGCGGGGUCUGCAGCAAGCGCUUCACCCAGGCCUCGGCCCUGUCCACCCACCAGCGCAUCCACACGGGCGAGCGCCCCUUCCGCUGCCCCGUCUGCCCCAAGAGCUUCAACAAUGCCUCCAACUUCGCCAAGCACCGGCGGGUGCACUCCGGGGAGCGCCCCCACCGCUGCGCCAUCUGCGGAAAGGGCUUCCAGGAGCGCCGGUGGGUGAUCCGGCACCUCCAGGCCAUGCACCCGCCGCUGGGGUGA